AUGGCUGCAUCCUCCUUCCAACUCAACAUACCCUGCUCUUCUGCCAAUAUCGGCCCGGGCUUCGAUGUGAUCGGCCUGGCGUUGUCCCUUCACUUGGAACUCCAUGUCACAAUCGACUCGUCCAAACCUUCUUCCCAGCAUCCCUUCAAUUGUGUCAUCACCUAUGACGAUCAAAGCAACAGCACCGAGAAAAUCAGCCUGGACCCCGAAGUGAACUUGAUCACGCGUGUAGCCCUAUACGUACUUAGAUGCCAUGAACAGAGAUCCUUCCCUGUGGAAACCCGUGUGCACAUCGUAAAUCCCAUUCCCUUGGGCCGCGGUCUUGGAUCGUCGGGGACUGCCGUCGUGGCCGGCGUCAUGCUGGGGAAUGAGGUAGGUCGCUUGGGACUGAGCAAGGACCGCCUAUUGGACUACUGCUUAAUGAUCGAGCGCCACCCGGACAACGUUGCUGCCUCGCUGUUUGGCGGCUUCGUGGGCACCUAUCUAAAUGACCUCAGGCCUGAGGACGUAGCCCGCAAAGAGAUCCCUCUGAGUGAGGUUCUACCGGCCCCGGCCGGGGGUGUUGACACGGGCAAACAGCCGCCUGAGCCCCCUCUCGGAAUUGGCCACUACCGGAAGUUUGACUGGGCCAAGGAAAUCAAGGCCAUUGCCAUCAUCCCCGACUUUGUCGUGCCUACCGCCAAUGCACGGAAUGUCCUCCCCACUACGUACACGCGGGCUGACGUUGUCUUCAACCUUCAGCGUGCUGCCCUACUGCCGGCGGCUUUGGGCACGUCUCCGCCUGACCCAGACAUGAUAUAUUUAGCCAUGCAGGAUAAGGUGCAUCAGCCGUAUCGCCAGACCCUGAUCCCGGGUUUGACCGAGAUUCUCCAAUCAAUGAACCCAAGCACCCAACCCGGCCUACUAGGAAUCUGCCUAUCGGGUGCUGGUCCAACUAUCUUGGCUUUGGCCACUGAUAACUUCACCGAAAUCGCAGACCGCAUCAUCUCUCGAUUUGCUUCCAAUAACAUCAAAUGUCAAUGGAAGCUUUUGGAACCCGCUCAGGCGGGUGCCACGGUUCAAUAUUAA